GGGAGACUGUUCCCAAAAUAUCAAGAACGCAUGCGUGCGCUGCUUCUUUCCUUUUGCCUCGUUGCUACCGAGUGAGCAAGAUGGGUCACCAGCAACUCUACUGGAGCCACCCGAGGAAAUUCGGCCAGGGCUCUCGCUCUUGCCGCGUCUGCUCCAACCACCACGGCCUGAUCCGGAAGUACGGCCUCAACAUGUGCCGCCAGUGUUUCCGCCAGUUCGCGAAGGGCAUCGGCUUCAUUAAGUUGGACUAAGGGAACUUCC